UUUGGUCAUUCAUACCGAGAAAGAGAAGGGUAGGUGGUUGUGGUUGUGCUUCCAGAGAGAUGGAGGAAGCAAAGGCGUUGGCUCAUCAGCAGCAGCAACUGAUACUACAGCAACAACAGAGGCAACAAUUACUUCUCUAUCAACAGAUGCAGCAAAAGCAACGACAACAACAACAAGCUAUCUCACGUUUCCCGUCAAACAUCGACGCUCAUCUUCGCCCACCGGGGGGUCUUCAACAAAGACCGCUAAUAAUCUCCAAUCAACAACAAAUUCCUAGCCUUGGCCAGAUCCCUAAUCAUCAGCAACACAAUCAAAACCCUAACCCGAAUUCACAGCAGCAACAACUCCAGAAGCCUAAUCGUUCUCCACCUAAUUCCAUAGAACUUCAGAUGGCUUACCAAGACGCCUGGCGAGUCUGCCAUCCAGAUUUCAAAAGCCCUUUCUCUUCUCUAGAGGAUGCUUGCGAUAGGCUACUCCCUUAUCACGUAGUUGCAGAUUAUGAAGCAGAGGAAGACGAUAGAAUACUGGAGAGCGAUACAAGUGGGCAAAUAAUGUCUCGAUGUCAGCAAUGGGACCACAAUAUUGCGGCCAAAGUUUCAGAGUUCACUGCAACAUUUGAGAAACAGGUUAUGGCCUUCAACAUAAUAUCUCGCAAACGGGCUCUUGGAGAGUUUAGGUCUGAGGAGAGACUGAUGAUCGAACAGGCUCUCCUUCAAGAAGAGAGACGGGCUGUUAUGGAACUAAGGGUAGAGAUGGAAUCAAGAGAGAAGAAGGCAAAGCAAGACAUUAUUAUCAUGGCUUCAGCUGCUUCUGCUUCUGCACCAAUACGAGUGAAUGCGUUCAGCUCACAGUAUGAUCAUCAAGGAGGAGUCAGUCCGGAUGAAAUGGGCAAUAAUAAUGGGUGGGAGGCCAAUGCAGCACAAAGAGACGAGAGAGAACCUUCGGAUGACUUUUUGAAUGACGAGGAGACAGAUAAUGGAGAGAUUAAUGGGCAAAACGAGUUCGAUUUGAAUGCCAGAUGUUUAAUGGCGGUCCUUUGGUAAUCAUAGAGAAGUGUA